CACAAAUUAACUAUACAAAUUGUUCAACACUAAUCUAGAAAACUCAAGAAAAUUGAAGCAAAUCACAAAUUAUCCAUAAAUAACAUGAUUAACUGAAAGAUUCUUCCUUUCAAUUAAGUUUCUUCACUCUCCACUCGAUAAUAUAAACUUCAUUCUACACAAUUUUAAAGAAAAAAUUAGACAUGUCUCCACAAACAUAAAUAAGAUUAUUGUUUAGAAUAUUAAAUAUACCGAGAAAAUUAACUAUAUAGGUGUGAGCGGGUACCCAUGGGUCGGGUUUACCUAAACCCAAACCCAACCCAACCCGAUGAAUAGUGAACGGGUUUAAACCCAAACCCGAUCCAAAACCCGUCAACACGGAUUUUACCCGCGUUGACCGGGUUGGGUCGGGUGGGUACCCGUGGGUUCGGGUUUUGUUGCCAUCCCUACAUAUUAUACCUAUAAUCCAAAUUUUUAAAAAAAUGUGACUCAAUGAAAACUUAUCUUUACAAUCGUUACCGAGUCAUAAAUAGUAAAAUAGACCGUUAUUUGUCAAUAGGUAUAACCUUUACUAGGUUUGCACAGUUAAGGAGAUCGACGUUUCCCCCCUUCAUCUAUAUCAUCGAAUCCCCACUUUCUCUCUCCCUAUCUUCCACCAACGGCUUUUUGUAGCGAUUCACGCCACUUCUCUUUCGCCCUCUCUCCCUCUCUUCCGUGCUCUAUAUAAUGGAAACCUGCAGUGGAGUCGUUUCGUUAAUGUAGGAGUCCAAUCCAAGCAACUACUUCAAUUCCCGUGAAAGGAAAAAGGGGGGAAACGUCGGACAAUUGUUUUGCAGCACAGGGUUUUUCCUUCGUUUUGUUGUGGUGGACAGAAUUGGUGUGGUUUAGGCGGGGAUUUUGACCACCCAGAUGCAGCAGAUUGUUAGUCGAUUCUGUUUGCUGCUGGUUAUAUGCUCUGUUGUUGAGUUCCACGAGAGGAUUCUGCGUCUCUUUCUGGGGGUUUUCCUGAUGGAAUGCGCCGCCUGCCUCAAGUUUUUGACUCUGAUCAGCGAUUUCCGUGAUGGGUUCAUUGUGUUUGGUUGUUUCUCUCCGUCUUUCAAUUUCCUGUGGCUUUUUUUGCUUUUCGCCUUUGGGUUGAAGCUGCUCCGGGUCACUUUCUUCGGGAUUGGUCUGCUUCAGUUGUUUCUGUCUGAUGUUAGAGUCAAGUCAAUUGAUCCCAGAAAUGGGUUUUCUUAUAGAAAAGGUUUCGAUUUAGCAUUCCACUCCAAGGUCGCCUCUUUCAGGACCGGUCCCGCGAAUUGCUUGGCGAUUGAGGAUUCAAACGAUUCCGGCUCGGUGAAAGAGGUUGUGAAUUCGAGGAAAAUCGAUUAUGUAGAGGAAGAUGAGAGGACGGAAUGUUUUGCUGAAGAAGACGAUGAAUUUGACGUGUUGGCAUUGAGGAGAUUGGUUAGGAAUGAGAGGCGGAGAGCUGUGGCGGCUCAAUUGGAGCUGGAGAAGGAAAGAAUGGCUGCAGCAUCUGCUGCUGAUGAAGCAAUGGCUAUGAUUCUAAGGCUUCAGAACGAGAAAAGCUCCUCAGAGAUGGACGCCAAGCAGUACCGCAGAGUGGCGGAACAAAAGCAGGAGUACGAUCGAGAAGUGAUCCAGUCCCUCCAAUGGAUCAUCAUGAAACAUGAAUACGAAAGGAGCUUGCUGGAAGAGAAGCUCAAGUUAUGCAGGCAACAGCUGCAGCGCUGCUUGAGGAGAGAUGAAAUGGAGGAACUUGACGCGGCUCUCAUCUCAUUAGGUUCAACCUCUGAUUGUGGUUUGGAUGAGGAGGAUGAAUUGAAGAUGGGUUUUGCAUCUCCUGCAGCUUGUGUUCAGACAAAAGUUUUUCAAGACGGUUUAUGGACAGAAUGAUGGUGAGAGCGAAGCAGCAGCAUGCAUAACAAACAGUUCAUGGACUGGGGAAUGGAGCAUUCUUGAAUCCAGCUCCUCCACCAUGGUCCCCACUCAGACAAGUAUUCGCAGUAAUAUCUUCUAUACUCAUUAUUUUCUAUCUACUUUUCCUCUUUUGUACAUCCACGAGACUCAUAGUCCAUUCUACUGCCUAGUUAUUUGAACUGCCUGAGAACAGCUGAACCAGUUUGUUUGAUCGAUCCCCUACAGUGGGAAUUCAAUUCAGCAUUUGCACCUUGUCUUUCUUCUCUUCUUGUAAAGUUACAUAUCCCAAUUUCAUAGCUUGAAGUCCUCUUUGACAAUUUUAGGUUGAACUGAGUGAGUGAGUUCUUUCAUUACAUACAAGCAUGUGGAGGCACAAACAAACUUUGCUGGGUUAGAUGGAACAGUCACUCUGAUCUCUCCAGUUAUCCCUUCUGGAAGAAACUUUCUUGAUUUCAUUUUUGUUCACUUGGGCCUUUUUGUCCUUGAGUGCUGAGUUGCACGUGUUUCUUUUCGUUUGAUGUCCAGUGUAAUGUCAACUGCAACAACACAAACCAAUCUCAAUCAAUCAAUCAAUGUGUAUAAUUUCCAUUUUGAUCUGCUAACUAAGAGGAUGAUAUUCAUUUCAAUAUCAUCACUUGUUGACUGUUCUUUGAUCUUUCUGCUUGGAUCUUAGCAAGGAGAUCCGGUUUUUCUUUAUGGAAACUUGUGUCAUUGGAACUCUGGAAUUGAUGGAAUUUCUUUCAAGGUUGUCAACUGUGCUGGAAUAGCUACUAAAUUUUCCCGCAAUCCUUUGCAUGAAGAACCCUAAUUUCGGCCCUUUUAGAAGGGAGAUAUCCAUGUGCAAGAACAUUAUGGACUGAGGCUGAGUGAGGCAGCACUUCACGUGGCGAUCUUUUAGCUUUUCAUUCUUUACUAACUAGGACGAUGGCUCAAUUGGUUUUGGGAGCAUGAUGAAAGUGGGUAUUCAUAAGAAACCGCUAAAAACAAA